CUUUCCUCUCCGCCUGUCUUUCACUCUUCUUAGCUCUCACUUCGACGGCUCCGUUCACACCCCAAUUGCCGAUCACUAAAGAAACCCAGUUACGCUACUUCAAUGUCCGACUCAGCGCCGGCGAGCUUCGUAGACCAAUUCGUCGUUCCGGGAGAUGUGGUCCUUGACCUGACUAACAUGGCGAACCAGACCAUCAAACUCGGCGGCGGUCUCCGGCAAGACUGCGAUGCAAUAACGGCGAUGAAGGCCGGGACAUUGAAGUUCUCAAAGCCCAACAAGUACUGGGUCGAGACGUCGCAGAAACGGUAUGUGCCUUGUGUGGAGGAUUCUGUGCUUGGAAUCGUGGUGGACUCCAGAGCAGAUAAAUUUCUGGUGGACAUUGGAGGGCCUUCAUUGUCGUUUUUGCCUGUGCUUGCUUUCGAAGGAGGAACACGGAGGAACAUACCAAAGUUUGAGGUAGGUACAUUGCUUUAUGUUAGGAUCGUAAAAGCAAACCCUUGCAUGAAUCCUGAGUUGUCAUGCACCGAUGCCAGUGGAAAAGCAGCAGAAUAUGGUCCCCUUAAAGAUGGCUACAUGUUCGAAUGCUCAACUGGCCUUGCAAGAAUGCUUCUGAGUUCACCAAUACUUCCAGUUCUUGCAGUACUUGGGAAGAACAUCUCCUUUCAAAUAGCAAUCGGUUUAAAUGGCCGUGUUUGGGUGAACGCUACUGAAGCAGAUAAGGUGAUCAUUGUUGCUAAUGCAAUUAUGAACUCGGAGAACCUUAGUGGGGUACAGCAGAUUGCAAUGCAUGACAAGUCCAGAAGUGCAAGCUGUAAAGCAAUCAAACUCGCACAUCUGUUUGAUACAAGAGAUUUUCAGAUUUUGUUUCGAACGGGUUGUGACGCCAGAGGUUUGGAAGAUUGCAAUCGAGAGUGUACAUCAGCCGUUCAAGUCCCAUCAACCCUUAACCGGUAGGGAUGUCACAACCCAGAUGUUAUUCGAGUGUUGUUAUUUAGCUUUAGUGUUUAGAAGCAUAUUUUUAUAUAAGUGGGAGAUUUCAUCAU